UGGAAGAGGCUGAAGCUGCUAAAUUCUCUUCAAGCUUUGUCUUUGAUGAUAACGAUUCAACUCAAAAUUCUGCUUGGAAUGAUAUCAAGAAGUAUGUUAGAGGAAAACCAAAUACUCUAGAAGAAAAAAUUGCCCAGAUAAGGGAAGAGAGGCGACAGAAAUGUCUGAAAAAACAAUCAGUUGCAUGUGAUGCAACAAGAAAAUAUGGAUGUGACAAACAAGAAAAUAUGGAUGCUGACAGUGGCAAUAAUGAUGAUGUUCAAAACAAUGAACAGGAAGAACACGACAAUGAUAAAAUGUUGGAUGAAGAAACGGAAGACAUUGCUAUAUCUUCUUCAGAUAAUGAAAAUAUAACUGAUGUUAUCAAAGUUAAAAAGAAAAAGAAGAAGAAAAACAAUCGUUUGGGCUUAGAAAAAGAUGUUUCGAUUGUUAAUGAUGUAAUUGGUGAAGAACUGGAAUAUGAUGCCGCUAUGACUUUUCAACAAAUGAACCUUUCACGACCAUUACAGAAAGCCAUAAACAGUAUGCAAUAUGUUCAUCCGACACAAAUACAAGCUGCAACAAUUCCAGUUGCUCUGAUGGGUAGAGAUAUUUAUGGCUGUUCAGCUACAGGCACAGGUAAAACAGCUGCUUUUAUGCUUCCUGUUUUGGAACGGUUGCUGUUUAAGCCAAAGGAUAAACCUGUUACCCGUGUUUUGGUGAUUUUACCAACGAGAGAACUUGCCGUUCAAGUCUAUCAAGUGUCCAAGCAAUUAGCACAGUUUACUAAAAUCGAAAUUGCUCUAUCUGCUGGUGGUUUGGAACUUAAACCACAAGAGCAAGCUUUAAGGCGGCUGCCUGAUAUUAUAGUAGCUACUCCUGGUAGAUUGCUCGAUCACCUUGAAAAUACUCCUUCUUUCAGUCUUCAUUAUAUUGAAAUCCUUAUUUUAGAUGAGGCAGAUAGAAUUCUUGAUGAAUACUUUGCAGAACAAAUGAAAGAAAUAAUCAAGCAGUGUUCUUAUACCAGGCAGACCAUGCUGUUUUCUGCAACUUUAAAUGAUGAGGUGAAAGAUUUAGCAGCAUCGGCUUUAACGAAUCCUGUCAAAAUUUUUAUAAAUAGUAACACAGAAGUUGCAUUUAAUUUGCAUCAAGAAUUUAUCCGUAUUAGACCAAACAGAGAAGCUGAUCGAGAAGCUAUUUUAGCUGCUUUAUUGUCUCGAACAUUUCAGGAUCAUGUUAUGGUGUUUGCUCAGACCAAACAGCAAGUCCAUAGACUUUAUGUUUUAUUGCAAUUGCUGGGAAUCAAGUCAUCUGAGUUACAUGGGAAUGUGAAUCAGCCUCAACGCUUAGAAGCUCUCAGGAAGUUUAAGGAAGAAGAAGUGGAUGUUCUUGUCGCAACUGAUGUUGCAGCUAGAGGUUUAGAUAUACCACAUGUUAAAACAGUUAUAAACUUCACAAUGCCUUGCACUCUUCAGCAUUAUAUUCACCGUGUUGGAAGAACAGCAAGAGCUGGAAAAACUGGCAGAUCGGUAUCAAUGGUUGGUGAAAAGGAGAGAAAACUUUUGAAGGAGAUUGUUAAGAAGACGAAAAAUCCUGUAAGGAGUAGAGUAAUUGCACCUGAAAUUAUCAGUAAGUACCAUGCAAAAGUUACUUCAUUAGAAGAUGAUCUUUCAAAAGUAAUGAGAGAAGAAAAAGAGGACAAAGAGCUCCAGUCCAUGGAAAAGCGUGUUAAAAAAGCUGAAAGUUUAAUUGAAGGAAAGAAAGACACUGAGCCCAAAAGAGGCUGGUUUCAAACUCCAGCUGAGAAAAAAAGGGAGAGGGAUGCUUUGAGGUUAGGAGAUCCAAAGGCAAAAAGAAAAAAAGGAGUAAAACCUACCACUGAAGAUCGAAUUUCUGUGGAACUUAAGAAAGCUCAACAGUAUCAAGCCUUUCAAGCUAGAGUAGCUAAAAGGGCACGCAAGGAGAAAAGAAUAAGAGCUAUCACUGAAGAUGAUGAUAAGCCUAAGUUAAAAACAAUUAAGAAAAGGUCGUUUGAAAGAGAGCUUGCUGAUACAAGAAAAAGAACUGUCAAGCAAUUUAGAUAUGAAGCAAUUCAGCAUGAAAAAAUGGAAAGACUCCAGAGAAUAAAAAUGAAGAAAAAGGCUAAUAAAAAAUUUAAGUCAAAGAGUCGGUACCGAAGAAAGAAAUGAAACAUAUACUUUACAUGUAUAUAUGUAUUUAUAUAUUAAUGUAUAUAUUUUACAAUAAAGUGCUAUGCUCUUUUGCUAAUAGCUUCUGUAACCA